CCUGCAGAUUUGAAAUUGGUUAGUAUAAAAUCCCUUUUGCAAACCAACCACCACUGCCACCACCACCACGACGGCUUCACUCCGUCCGUCCUUUUGCAACCUCCUUGCCGGCACUUAACCUCUUUCUCACUGCUUUCUUCACCAAACCCAGAGCCUCCCUCAAUUCAUUUGGUUAAAAAAGUUAUUGAGAGUUCAUCUUCGAGUCUAUUUAUCAGUGCUACUCUUGAGAUAUAGAGCAAUGUCAGUGAUGGGAAAUGAUACAUCAUGGGUGGGCAGAAAACCUCUGAGGCGCAUAGGAGGGAUGUCAGAUGCCCUCUCCAUUGCCGCCGAUCUCGGCUUCUCUGUCGCCCCUCCUCCUUCUCAGGAAGAGAUCCAGACCCUAUCCACAAGCGAAAAAGGUGAUGAUUUGGUAAAGGUUUUAAGAGAGCUGACUGCUGUGCAAAGAAAAAUCGCAGAUUUGCAGGUGGAACUUCAAGGUCGGAAGGAGGACAAAAAUGUUGCUCAUCUCACCCAUGUGAGUGAAAUGGAAAAGAAGAUUGAGACUUUGUCAAGGAUAACUGCCAUAUUGAAAGAUGUCAUCCAAAAUAAGGAUCGCAUAAUAGCUCGUCUUCAGCAGCCAUAUUCAUUAGAUUGCAUCCCAGUUGAGGCUGAAUAUCAGAAACAAUUUUCAGAACUCUUAAUGAAGGCUGCAAGUGACUAUGGCGCCUUGACAGCAUCCAUUGCAGAUUUUCAGUGGACACAGAACUUCAAAGAACCACCAUCGGUUUGGGGGGAGAUGCUUCGUCCAAUCCCUGUUGCUUUAGCUUCAUGCACACGAUUCUUUGAAGCGAUGUCAGCAAUGAGAGACUCAUUUGCCACACUUCAGAAGUUGAGAGUGGGCCAUUCUUCUUCCUCCGCUAUGGCACCAAAUGCAGAUUCAUCGCAAAGGAUACCGGGAGAUUCUGAUUGUGUAACUCCUCCCUGGAGAACUGAAUCAAGACUUGAGGACUUAGCUUCCAGAAGUCCGGCAAAGUCAGAGGUUGAUCGACAGGAAGAUGAUGAUGAAAACAGUGAAGUGGGGGAGAAUGAUCAAGUUGAUGGAAUUAGCCGCAGGAGAUUAUCUUGGCCACCUUCAGUCAAACAAAAUGGUCUGUAGUCAUAGCACGUUUAACUGCUGGAAUUUGGAAUCGAGUGAGGGAGUAUAGCACAAAAUUCAAUUAUUCAAUGCCCCAAUGUUGUCAAUAGAACGUCAUUUGUUGUAUUCUUGCAUUAACUUUCACCAGGUAGGUGUACCUUUGGGGUUUCCAACUUCACAUGGGCAGGUGAAGUAUUUGUAUACUUUGUCUCGAAUGAGUAAUUAUUUGAAGAAUCAAAUGUUCAUACUCUUAGAUUUAAAAUCA